AUGGCUUCCUCUUCCUCGACGACGCGCAACUGGCGCGACUCUCUCUACCUCGCCUUCUUCUUCAUCUCCUUCGCCUCCAUGUUCUUGGUCGAUCUCGUCCACUUCAUCCCUCACUCCCUCUGGGUUCCUCCCUCAAGCCCCCUCCACUUCCUCCAGCAGAUUCGCAACUUCUACACCAGCACCUACCACGACUUGUUCCUUCUCACCCCCUGGCCCCAACAACCCACUUUCUUCCGCCUCUUCACCAUCCUCGAGUUAGUUUACCAGCUACCAGCCGUUGCGUGGAUUCUCCGCCGCUAUUUCCGUGAUGGCCGCGAGGGUGCCGUAGCCGGUAAGACUGGUGGGACCACACCGGCGCUAGAACUCGCAUGCCUGGUGUAUGGUGUUCAGUGUGCGUUGACGACAUUGACUUGCAUUUAUGACUGCUUGGAGUGGGAGGGUGAGCUGUACACCUGGGAGGUCAAGAAGGAGCUUAUCUUCAAGCUGUAUAUGCCGUGGUUUUUGAUUCCUCUGGGUAUGUCGGUGGACAUGUAUCUGAGGAUUCUCAACAGAUUCAGGGGCCAGGGUGAGAAGACCCUCAAGUCUCAGUGA